AUGAAAUUACUAUUACUACUUGUAAUUGCUGUUGCAAGCAUUCAGCUUGCCAGUGCAUUCCGUUGUGCUGACGGACUUGACCAAGCCAUUUUCCGUGAUUCUCUCCAUGUCACCACAAGAGAUUGGUCAUGGGCUGGAUCAAGAAUGUUCAACUGCACCACACCAGUUCACUCUGGAACUCAUUCAUUCUCUUUUGUCCCAAGAAACUACGAAGGAUUGUAUUUCAAUUUACAAACUCCAAUCGAUCCAUCAAGACAUUCAAUGGUAAGUCUAUGGGUCCAUGGUGGUGGUGUUGGUAAUCAAAAAAUAUACGUUCGUUUGACAUCGAACAAGGUUGCAGUGACACGUGACUACUUCCUCUGGGGUCCACAAUCGAUUUUGGUCAAUUGCUCUGAUGUCCCUGCAUCACAAUGGGCACAGGCUGUUGUUAAUUUGGAUCUCUUGGAGCCAGGAUUCUAUGAUGGUAUCCAAAUCCUUACUCACGGUCAAGACUUACAGGCAAGAGUAUACAUCGAUGACGUUGAGGUUAUCAAGCGUUGUCCAAGCGAUCCAUUCAAAAAGACAUUGCCAACAUCGGUUUGUAACGCUGCCGACUGUAUCUCUGUCAAGGUAGUCGAGACACCAACCCGUUGGAACCAAAACGGUGUAGAGUACCAACAAUAUGCCGUCACCUUUAAGAACACCUCUGGAAAGACAUUCAAGAAGGUCGAGUUUGAAAAGGGUUACUUCUUGCCACGUGACAAAAAGGACAUCUGGGGUUGCCAAGAGAACCCAGGUGAUAGAUGGACUCUUCCAAACAACAUGAAAGAUUUCCCAAAGGGUACUGAGUUCACUGUUGGAUGUGUCAGUCAAAGAGGACCAGUCAGCUUCAAGGUUGUCUAUGUUGAAGUUGCUAAAUAA